UGGAGUUCCAAAGGAGGAGGCAAAAUACAAGAUCAUUCUUGUUCAUGGCUUUGGAAGCUCUAAAGACAUGAAUUUCUCUGCCUCAAAAGUAUUUAAAAAUAAUGCUCUUUGGUUCUUGUCUCUUGAUGUUUGAAAAGCCUUUGUGUUUUUUUCUUGUGGAUCAAGAAACCUGACCUAGAUUUUGUUUCUCAGGAGCUAAUACAAGAGCUUGGUGUGUAUCUUCUAUUCUACGACCGUUCUGGAUAUGGAGAGUCAGAUUCAAAUGCAAAACGUUCACUGAAAAGCGAAGUUGAUGACAUAGUAGAACUUGCUGAUCAGUUGAAGAUAGGACCCAAGUUUUACCUAAUUGGAUUAUCAUGGGAUCUUAUCCUACUUGGGGUUGCCUAAAACACAUUCCUCGCAGGUAAUCUAUAGGCUAAUCAAAUAAGUUGUGAAUAAUAGUUAAGAAACUACUGAGAGUAAUAUGUUCUUCUUUGCAGGCUAUCUGGUGUGGCUUUUGUUGCUCCGGUUGUGAAUUACUGGUGGCCAUCGCUUCCUAAGAAUCUUAUAAAGGAAAAUUACAUGGGAGGUCUUAUCAGAUGGGGUUUAAGGAUAUCGAAACUUGCACCUGGACUGUUACAUUGGUUAGUUAUAUUUACACAAAAGGUCUUGCCAUCAACUAGUUCGGUUCUUGAGAGCAAGCAAGUCUACUUCAGUAGCCAUGACAUGGAGGUGCUCAAGAGAACCACUGGCUUUCCUAUGUUCACUAAGGUCACUUCCCUAGUUUUCUACACCAAACUUUCCAUUUUUAGAAAUAAUUCAAUUCUGACCUAUAUUACUCUACCGUGUAGGAUAAGCUACGUCGAAGAGAUGUUUUCGAUACUCUAAGAGACGAUUUCGUGGCGUGUUUCGGACAAUGGGACUUCGAACCAGCAGAUCUAAGCAUAACUCAAGAGAGUAAUGUACACAUCUGGCAUGGGAAGGAAGACAAAGUUGUUCCGUUUCAACUUCAAAGAUGCGUGCUGCAGAAGCAACCUUUGAUCAACUACCACGAGAUCCCUCAAGGUGGACAUCUCAUCGUGCACUACGAUGGCACUUGCGAUGCGAUUCUACGUGCGCUGUUGCUUGGUGAAGAAAAAAAAAUCUGUAUAAACCAGUUCCUGAUGAAACCAUGUAAAAAAAAGUUGAUUAGUUUGGUGUUUGUAAAUGAUUUUUUAUUCUUGAUUCAUUUAAAGAAAAUAUAUAUAUAUAUAUAUGUUCAAAGUGUAUACAGAGACCCAGCCCUAUUGACAGAGAAAGAAUGGUCCUGUAAUAGAUCCACAAUGUGGGAAGAUAUAUGACAGAGAGAAAGAAUGCACCACAUACAUGAUCUAGUUUGCACUAGGUGGCAUGUGGCAAUAUUUAUGUAAAAUUUUUUUUUAAACAAAUUUCAGAGCUUGAAAUUUUUUUAGGGGAUUUAUAUCUAUAUAAUUUCUUCAAAAAUUUUGGAGGUUUGUUACAAAUGUUUCACUUUGCAUGCCUUAUGACCGGCAAUGGUUCUGGAUCCUUUAGAUGCAAGGAGGGCGGGUCUGAUCUUCCAUAAGAGGAUGGAGAUUUUCUUGGAAGUUUAAACUGUUAGAAGAAAGCACAUCUUGGAUCUUAUAUCUGAAUGGCACCAGAAGCAUUAAGGACGAAGAUGGCACCAGCAUCAUCAACCUCUUCCCUUGUUAUUCUUCUUCGCCCAUCUUUGUUAACGAAACGUUUAUGGUAGGCCCAUAAUGAUUAAGGCCCAAGCCCAAUUUACCAUAUAUAUCCUAUUUUCUUUCCAAGCGCUAAAGUGUUUCUUCUUCUCCAAGCUUUACGUAAAUCAGAAUCAUCCUUAGGGUUCUUCUGAUUAUUAGGCUAAAUCGGAUUCGAAACUUCCUCACACAUCGUCCCUUUCGAUUUUACGAAGAUGUUUCAGAACGGGAAGCUGGUCCCACCGAAUAUGCACCAGUACCAGAACACCACGAGGCUCCUCAACCUCAAAGUCCUCCGGCGAAUCGAUCCGUUCAUCGAGGAAAUCCUCAUCACGGCAGCUCACGUCACCUUAUACGAAUUCAACGUUCAGAAAAGUGAAUGGAGUCGUAAGGACGUUGAAGGAUCUUUGUUCGUCGUCAAGAGAAAUAGACAGCAGCCUCGGUUUCAGUUUAUUGUGAUGAAUCGACGUAAUACAGAUAAUCUGGUGGAAGAUCUACUUGGAGAAUUUGAGUAUGAAGUGCAAGGUCCAUAUUUGCUUUACCGUAAUGCAGCUCAAGAAGUUAAUGGCAUUUGGUUCUAUAAUCAAAGUGAAUGUGAGGAGGUUGCACGGCUCUUCAACAGGUUACUUAUCGCAUAUUCCAAGGUUAACCAGAAGCCAAAUAAGCCAUCUUCAAAACGGGAGUUUGAGGAAUUGGAAGCUGUGCCUACAGUGUCAGUUAUGGAUGGUCCUCUUGAACCAUCUUUAAGUGGUAGAGAUGGUGCUCCUAAUGAUCCUGCUUUUGUUAACUUCUUCAGCUCUGCGAUGUCUCUUGGCAACACUACUAGCGGGUCGGCAAGUGGACCACCAUACCAGACAUUAGUAGAUACUCGACAACCUCACCAACCCACCAUUUCCCCUGCGGCAGCUGCACCUCCACAGAUACUAUCACCACCGCCUCUACCAUCCUCCUCUCCUCUAAUGCCUCUUUUUGACAACAAUCCUAAUCGUAUCAGUAGCAACAAGUCCAACGUUCACACAGAUUUGGUGACGCCGUCCUCUUUCUUCGGGCCCCCACCGAUGAUGGCACGACCACACCUCAUUCCUGGUUCAUCUAUGCCCUCUGCUCCUCCUCUGAACCUUAAUAAUACGACUUAUUACCAGCAGGGCCCACAUGGCACUCCGAUGCUCCAGCCUUUCCCACCACCAUCACUCGCUCCUGCACCCAAUGGCUCAUUUAUCAACAGAGACAAAGUCAAAGAAGCCCUGUUAGCUCUGGUUCAGGUUUGUUCUCUUACAACAUUCACUUCUGGCUUGAGCUACUGCCUGAAUCUAACGGGUUGCUUUUGACAGGAGAAUGAGUUCAUCGAUAUGGUGACCCGAGCUUUACAAAAUGCACAUCAACCAUGAAGCUGAGCGGACUCGGCGUGGGGGUUAGAUGUAGAAUGCAUAGUUAAAACGUAGUUUUGUUCUCUAUGAUAACCUUUUGAACAAAGUGUUGAUGGAACGAACCUUCUUCUAAUCAACAUUAAGAAACAAUUUUGUCGAUGUUGAAUGAAACACCAAACAUAGCAAAGAAAGAACGCUUCGUACUGAGUAAUAAUAUUACACACAAGAGAGGGACAAUGAGAAAGAUAUAUUACAAAUGAAACUAGAGAAAUGGUUUAUCUCUCGAAGUAAUCUUCGGUCCUGCCUUUGAAUCCAAUUUGUCCGAAGGUGAGACAGAUGAA